AUGGCAGAUGAUAGGCAGCUUCAUGUGGUGAUGUUCCCUUGGUUUGCACAAGGCCAUAUAACACCCUUUCUUGACCUAGCCAAGAGCCUCCUCACUUCUGGCCUCAGAAUUUCCUUCGUCUCAACUCCGGCUAACAUUGCACGGAUUAAAAAGAAGAUAGUGCCUGGAAUUGAGCUAGUGGAGCUCCAAUUGCCAUCCGUGGACGGGCUGCCUUCAGGUGUUGAGUCCACGACAGGUUUAUCUGAGAUAGGAAGAACAGACUUAGUGCCGCUUCUCUUCCAAGUGAUAGAUCUUUGCGAGCAGCCCUUUGGAGCGCUGCUGAAACUGCUUUCCCCAGAUUUUGUCAUAUUUGAUGCGGCGCUGAGCUGGACUCCUCGGGUUGCCGACAAAAUGGGCAUCCCCACCAUAAAUUUCAUGGUAGUUGGCAUUGCGGCCAUGAGUUUCACAAUAGGACAGCACAGGCAACGACUGCCCGAUAUCCCAACGGCCAAGGAUCUGACUGUACCACCACUCGGAUUCCCCUCAUUGGUUGUCCGCUUUCGAACCUUUGAAGCCCGGAAGGAAAUUAAGGGCUUCACCUUCAUGAACCGCCUCUCUAUCUCUGUGGAGGAAAGCUGGGCAACGCUUAGCAAUACUUGCCGAGAGUUGGAAGGAAAAUUUGUGGACUAUUUUGAAAGAAGCACCGGGCGGUUCAUGUUUCCCGUGGGGAUUUCCAUGCCCAGCCUGCCGCCUCGGCCCGAUGCAGACCGUUGCUUGGCCUGGCUGGACAGGCAACCCGCUCGUUCUGUUGUGUUUGCAUGCUUCGGGAGUGAAUGCCCUCUCACCGCCCAAGAUCUCGCUGCUCUCCUGUUGGGGCUGGAGGAAAGUGAAAUUCCGUUCCUGUGUGUUCUUUUCGGCCACGCGGGGGCUGAGUUGCACAGAGUGUCUGAGGAUCGCACCCCUAGCAGAGGACUCGUGGUUACAGAGUGGGUUCCUCAAUUGCACAUUUUAAACCAUCCUUCCACUGGAGCUUUUCUUUCACAUUGUGGGUGGAAUUCUGUGACAGAAGGCCUGAGGUUUGGAGUGCCUAUUGUUGCUCUUCCAAUCCAGUACGACCAGGGUUUAGUUGCAAGGCUAAUUGCUGACGAAAUGAAGAUGGGAGUGGAGGUUAAAAGACACGAGGAGGAUGGUUCUUUCACUAAGGAGGACGUAGCUAAAGCUGUCAGAGCUGUGAUGGUGGAGGAAGAAGGCAAACGGAUUAAAUCCAAUGUCGAGGAAAUUAGCAGGGUGCUGACCAGUAACGAUUGCCGAGUCCGUCGAACAAACAUCAGCAACUUAGUCUCUGCGCUCAAGGACAAAACCUCCAGCAAACAAACUAUUUGAUAAAUAUGUCUACUUUUAUAUCUAUAUCUAUAUUUAUAUCUAUAUUCUAUGCUGUCACAGUUGGUAGUUUUUACAUGUUUUAG